UGGUGUGCGAAAACAAUCGAAGUUCAAGAAGGCACUAUAAAGGCAGCAAGUCUGUCACACCCUGGAAUUUAUCAAGAAUUUUACCAUUGUUCGGGUUUUAAAACCUUCAGAAAUAUCUCCAAAACGAAGUUUGAUCGAAGUGUGUUGAAAGAAAAACAAAGUUUGGCAGAAUAUUGUGCGUUUCGAGUAGAAAUUCGUCGAUUGAAACUAAUCGUCUGCUGUACCCAAUUUGCUGCUGGUUCUUUUUCCCUGCUGGAGAACCCCAGUGGUGGAGUUAAUCGUUGCAAAAAAAAAGAAGAGCUCUAUAGGUGUGUUUGUGUUUUGAUAGAACAGUUUGUGUGUUGGUGCUUCGUGGGAGCGAAUAGUUCAGAUCGCUGAAGUUUGGUGACUCAUUCGAGAGCCAGGGAACAACAAUGGGAACACUAUCGGACUUCGGACAGGUUGCCCUUAAAUGGGACCCAAAAAAUCUGGAAAUACGGACAAUGUCCGUAGAGAAAACGCUGGAACCACUGGUGCUGCAAGUUACUACUCUUGUCAACACGAAGGGUCCAAGUAAGAAGAAGAAAGGCAAAUCGAAGCGCGCCAGCGCUUUGGUAGCCGCCGUCGAGAAAGCCACGGAUAUUUUUAUCGAACGCGGCGAGCAGAUUGCAUACGAAAAUCCGGAUAUUACCCAGGAAAUGCUGUCGGCGGUGGAAGAAGUGCGCAAGACCGGUUCAGCCAUGAGUAUUGCUGCGCGUGAAUUCUCCGAGGAUCCAUGCAGCUCUCUCAAGCGUGGUAAUAUGGUUCGCGCGGCAAGGAAUCUCCUGUCGGCCGUUACACGGUUGCUCAUCUUGGCCGAUAUGGUCGAUGUGCACUUGCUGUUGAAGUCCUUGCAUGUCGUUGAGGAUGAUUUGGACAAGUUGCGCAAUGCAUCGUCGCAGGACGAGUUAAUGAACAAUAUGCGCGCGUUUGGCAGGAAUGCGAACGAACUCAUCAAACAGGCUGCCAAACGGCAGCAAGAGCUCAAGGAUCCACAAUUGCGAGAUGAUUUAGCUGCGGCUCGUGCCGUGCUGAAGAAGCACUCAACUAUGCUGUUGACGGCUUCCAAGGUUUACGUGCGCCACCCGGAGUUGGAUCUGGCCAAGGUCAAUCGAGAUCAUAUUUUGAAGCAGGUCUGCGAGGCGGUCAACACGAUCAGCGAUGUGGCCCAGGGUAAGGCCACCAAUCCGCAGGACAUUUAUGUCGGUGCGGGGGAAUUAGCUGCUGCGUUGGACGAUUUCGAUGAGGGAAUCAUAAUGGAUCCGUUGGCAUAUAACGAAGUCCGCUCGAGACCCUCGCUCGAAGAACGAUUGGAGAGUAUUAUUAGUGCUGCGGCACUGAUGGCGGACGCGGACUGCACUCGUGACGAAAGACGCGAGAGAAUUGUUGCCGAAUGUAAUGCCGUCAGACAGGCGCUGCAGGAUUUGCUUUCGGAAUAUAUGUCAAAUAUGGGCACGAAGGAACCCACCCCGGAGUUGGAACGUGCCAUCGGGCAAAUGUAUCGCAAGACGAAGGAUCUCCGUCGUCAGUUGCGAAAAGCUGUUGUCGAUCAUGUUUCGGAUUCAUUCCUCGAGAGCAACAUGCCACUGCUGGAUCUUAUCGAUGCUGCUCGCUCUGGCAACGAGAAGAAAGUGCAUGAACGCGCUGAAGCUUUUACCAAACACGCUGAAAAGUUGGUUGAAGUGGCCAAUUUGGUCUGCAGCAUGUCGAACAAUGAGGACGGUGUGAAGAUGGUUCGAUACGCGGCUGCGCAGAUUGAGACGCUCUGUCCCCAAGUGAUUAAUGCAGCAUUAAUUCUGUGCGCUCGUCCCAAUUCCAAGGUAGCCCAGGAGAACAUGGAGGCCUACAGACAAGCAUGGGAGAAUCAAGUUCGAAUUUUGACCGAAGCUGUCGAUGACAUCACUACGAUCGAUGACUUUUUGGCCGUUUCCGAGAACCACAUCCUUGAGGAUGUGAACAAGUGUGUGCUCGCGUUGCAGGAAGGCGAUGCGCUCGAUUUGAGAAAUACCGCUGGAGCUAUCCAGGGUCGAUCGGCUCGCGUUUGCAACGUUGUCGAGGCGGAGAUGGACAAUUACGAGCCCUGCAUCUACACCAAGCGUGUCCUGGAAGCCGUUAAGGUGCUCCGCGACCAGGUUAUGUCCAAGUUCGCACAACGGGUCGACGUGGCGGUCGAUGCGCUCUCCUCGAAUUCGGCGAAGGAUGUCGACGAGAAUGACUUUAUCGACGCAAGUCGGCUGGUAUACGAUGGCGUUCGGGAGAUUCGUCGCGCUGUGCUGAUGAACAGGAGCUCGGAUGAAUUGGACACCGACACGGAGUUCGAACCCGUUGAAGAUAUGACUUUAGAAACGAGAAGUAGAUCGAGUGCCCAUACAGGCGACCAAACUAUUGAUGAGUACCCGGACAUCAGUGGAAUUACAACGGCUAGAGAAGCCAUGCGGAAGAUGAAUGAGGAAGACAAACAGAAGAUCAUGCAGCAGGUCGAGCUAUUCCGACGGGAGAAACUAACGUUCGAUUCCGAGGUGGCCAAGUGGGACGACACCGGGAACGAUAUUAUCUACCUUGCCAAGCACAUGUGCAUGAUCAUGAUGGAGAUGACAGAUUUUACCCGCGGCCGUGGUCCACUGAAGACUACGAUGGACGUGAUCAACGCCGCCAAGAAAAUUUCCGAGGCCGGUACGAAGCUGGACAAACUGACGCGCGAGAUCGCCGAUCAGUGUCCGGAGAGUUCGACCAAGAAGGAUCUGCUGGCGUAUCUGCAGCGUAUCGCGCUAUACUGCCAUCAGAUCCAGAUCACCUCGAAGGUGAAGGCCGACGUGCAAAACAUCAGCGGUGAACUGAUUGUAUCAGGGGUAAUUCUGGACAGUGCCACCUCGUUGAUACAGGCGGCCAAGAAUCUAAUGAACGCCGUCGUUUACACGGUUAAAUACUCCUAUGUAGCAUCCACCAAAUACACUCGCCAAGGAACCGUUUCGUCUCCCAUCGUCGUAUGGAAAAUGAAGGCCCCGGAGAAGAAGCCACUUGUGCGCCCAGAGAAGCCCGAGGAAGUCCGCGCCAAAGUUCGACGCGCGUCGCAGAAGAAGGCCCAAAAUCCCGUACAUGCUCUCUCCGAGUUCCAAAGCCCAACCGAUGCGGUUUAAAUGCGUCCGAACGAACGUACAAAUGCAAAAUUAACUUCUCGAUUCCAGCUACUCUAGUAUUGUGUCGAGUUCCGUCGGGCUAUUGAAAGGGCGUUAGUGGGCGGGACCUUUUGGCUUUUGUUGGUGGAGUAUUAAAAAGCAAGUCAAAACAUAGAAAUUUAUUCCAAAUAAAUUUUAUUUAUUUUUUACUACAUA